AUGAAGAGAAAAAGAGACUCUAAGCCGUGCAGAACCAAGAAACAGAUCCCACAAGCAGACGAGAUGAUUGAGCAAAUGGGUACUUCUAUACUGGAUGUGCCUGAUUCCGUCCUCAUAGACAUUGUGCUAAGCCUACCUAUUAAGGCCAUCAUCAUGUGCAAAUGUGUUUGUAAACCUUGGCGUCGCGUAAUUUCAGACCGCCAUUUCGCAAAGAGGCAUUUUGCCAAGGCAGAGCCGUGUCCUUUGAUUAGGACCAUUGGUGGCUCGAGAGUUUCGAGAAUGCUAUACCUGAUCGAGCCAUCUGAAAUUAAUGUGAACUAUGAUGUUGAUAGUGAUGAUGAAUAUUCAUCCCCUGAUUGCGGAGUCAAUUUGAAGUUAGACACUAAGUUGAAGAUCCCUCUCCGCAAUGUUGAACUGGUGACCCAGAACAACACUGAUCCCAAGUUUAAUAGCCGUGCUGGUAAGGGUGGCUUAAAAAAACGUUGUGUGAAGGUGACCACAAAAGAGCAGAAGUUUCAGAUUGUGAAUUCAUGCAAUGGAUUUCUUUGCCUGUGUGAUCCUGUUCGUAACAACCCUCUUGUAGUGUGCAAUCCAAUUACUGGUGAGUACUUAAAACUUCCAAAGACAGAGGAAUCCAAUGAGAGUGUCAAAGAUAUGGUCUGUGGAUUAGGAUUUAGUAAUAUUAGCAACCAGUAUAAGGUGGCUGAGGUACACACAGUGGGCACGGGCUCAUGGAGAGCCAUUGGACAGGUUCCAUUGUCAAUAUGGACAGAGAAAAAACUGAUAUCUGUGACCUACGUAAGUGGAUCUCUAUAUUGGAUUGUUGAUGAACUCGGAAAACCAGAGGUGGUACAUUCAUUUGACUUCGGCAAAGAGAAAUUUGGAGCUCUGAAGCUGCCUCCAUAUACCUCCAGUUGGGGAUGGAGUGAUCAAUCUAAGAUGACCUUGGGAAAUGCUAGGAGUUUGAUUUCGGACCCUCUUUUUGCGAAGGAUCAUUUUGCCAGGGCAGAACCCUGUCCCUUGAUUAGGACUUUGUAUGGUUCAAGAGUUUCAAGAACGCUUUACCUAAUUGAGCCUUCUGAAAUUGAUGUAAGCUACAAUGUUGAGAACUAUUCAUUCCCAGAAUCUGAAGGUGGAGUCAAUUUGAAGCUGGAUACCCGGUUGAAGAUCCCCCUUCGCAAUGUCGAAAUGGUGCCCCAAAACAGCACUGAUCCCAAGUCUAGUUCUUGCAGCCAUUCUGGUAGUAAGAGUGGCUUGAAAAGACUUUGCGUAAAGGUGACACCUUCUAAAGAGCACAAGUUUCGGGUUGUUAACUCUUGCAAUGGCUAUCUUUGCAUGUCUCAUCCAGUAUGUAACAAUCCUAUGAUGGUGUGUAAUCCAGUUACUGGUGAGUAUUUACAACUUCCUCAGACACAUGUUUUCAAUGACAACAGCAGAGUGUGGUGUGGACUUGGGUUCAGUAGCAAAAGAAAGCAGUAUAAAGUUCUCAGAAUGUUUAAUGAAAAUCAGGAUUGGCCUAAAAAGAUAGUAGCUCAAGUACACACACUUGGCACUGGUGAUUGGAGAAGCAUUGAUCAUGGUCUCAACAGUGGAUUGGAAAUGCGAUGUGUGACUUAUGUGAGUGGACGUUUAUAUUGGAUCCGUGUUGCUGAAUUGUGGAAAGAUGAGUUGAUAAUGUCAUUUGACUUCAAUAAUGAGGAAUUCAGAGGAAUCAGGCCACCUUCAUAUACCAACAUGUGGAAAAGAGAAGAUAAAAUGUAUAUGACAUUGGGAGUUUUGGAAGGCAGGUUGAGUUUCUGCAAUAGCAUAGCCUGGAGAGGAGAGAUGCAGAUUUGGGUUUUGGAGAAAUCUGGAGAAUGCACAACCUGGAAUGUAUUCAAGACAAUUUUUUUCACCAUGGACAUCGGUGAUAGGUGGCCUCGCGGAUCGUUUUUUCCUAUGAAUUUCCGGAAAGACAAAGGGCUGCUGAUGUUUCAGUUCCCAAAAUGUGCCUUCUUUUAUUAUUCCCCUGAUAGACACAAAUGGAAGUAUCUCAGAAUUCGUGAAACCAAAAAAUACUAUGAAGCAGUUGCCCACAUUCCCAGUUUUAUCAAGCUCAAGGAUGUUGUUGAGGGAGAUUGUGUUGAGAUAUUAAACGUCAAUUCAAGGGGUUCGGAGUUCAAAUUGGAAGAAGAAACAAAAGCUAUGUUGUUGGUGGAAAAACUUGGGGUAUUUCACAUGGAUGAGGAUUGCUCAAACAUUGACCACCCAGAUGAAGCUGGAGAUUUAUGAUACUCUCUGCAGCUUGCGUGGACCAACCAAAGCUCCUCAACACAUUUUACACUAUAGCUUCCAGACUUCCAUAGCCUUUUGUUGUAUACUUGCUACACAAUCAACUUGGUUGUCCCAAAAUUUUACUAUCACUUUUGUUGUUUGAAUUCCAU